AUGGAUGUUGAGUUAAAUGACCUUCUAUCCAUGUCGGAAAACAAAACAGAAAAACGAGGCAGACCAGUGCAUUCUGAGACAGACAAUAUUCCGACAUUGAAGAAAAGAACAAAGAAUGACUUGAUGCCCAUAGAGGUAUUGAAUGCCUACCUCUGCUGCAUGUUUGUUUGUUUGGCAUCCAUACCAAGUGAGGUUCUCAAUUCUGCCCGGACAGAGUUUCAGAAGCUGAACAUGACUGCCAGAGCCACCUGGGUAUUGCAAUGGCUGCAAACUCAUACCAGACCAGACAACAAAACUGUGUACAUAAUUGGGGGAAAGGAAGUUUGUCAGAAGGCUUGGUUGAUGUGCCUAGGACUUCCUACCAGCACAUUCUACUCUAUUUGGAGCAAAUUCCUCGGUAACGUAAAUUUAGAUUUUUGUUCAGCUAUUUUCAAAAGUAAAAUUAUUGAUGGCAGUCAGUGA